AAAAAUACCUCCUCUUAUUAAUUUAAUGGCUGUAACUAUUAUUUCCAAAAAUGUUUUUCCAUUGCCAAUACCUGCACAAUCUCCAUAUCCAGUUCAAUCAAUCCCUCGAAGUACCUCUGCUAAAAUUCAAGAUCAACAGGGUAAAUUAGUAGCUGUUGCCGCUCUUGUCCGUUAUACAAAUAAUCAGGCAUACUUUAUUCUUCAACAUCUGGACACAUCCUUAGCAGAAAAAGCUGUGACUGUUUCUGCCCCAGAUAAUGAAAAUCCGCUUGACAUGCGAAUUGAUGCUAUUUUUGACCAACAUCCAGAUCGCACAUUUAUGCCCAUGUUCAUUCAAGUCCAUUACAAUCCUGAAGAACGCCUAGUUCUAGAGCAUUUGGUAGACCAACUGGCCGAACGAACUUUGGGCCGAUACAAUUUAGAAUUACGUAAAAACAUGACUAUAGAUGUUUUCGACUCUGAUCGUGACAGUUUUCUUCGUGAUAAUGCUGGAUUUAUUAUAGCUGACAAAUUACGUCUGCAACAGAUUACAAUAAACACUGUUGAGGCGUUGAAUAAAUUGAAUUUGUCAAAAGAAAUAAAAGUAACAAAAGUAAAUAAAGAAGAUUAUGAAUUAUUGUUGGAAUAUGAUGCAACUUUAAGUACUCAUAAUAGAGCAGAAUUUUUGGAAUUUCUUUUUGCUAAAAAUCGAGUUUAUGCUGCGAAAUUGGACAGUAAAGAAACAGAAAAAGUAAAAAAUGUUGAAGGAGAAAAUGAAUUUAUUGAACAAAAAGGACCGAUACUUGCGGGAUAUUUGGUUGCAUCUAACGAGACAGUUAUGUGUAUUUAUGCUAAUGAUCAAAAUAUUGCAGAAUCUUUAUUGUUUAAAUACAUGGAGGACAGCAAAUUUAGUUUUGUUAAAAUGUGUUGUACAUCAAAUCAAUGGCAAAAUCUCCGUUCGCUCAAAACACUAAAAACUCGGCCAAUAUAUCGCAGGCACACACGUACAAUCCCAACAAAUUUAAAAUAUGACCGAAUUUUUGCUUUGAAUGUUGGAAUGAAUAUUUUCUGAAUUUUGGAAAAAAAGCAUUUUUAGAAUUGGGAAGAGUUUGAAUAUCAAACAACGAUUUGGGGAGAGUA